AUCGAUACUAGUCCAAAACAGCUGACAUUAGCAGUUUAUUAUUAAGGCCCAUUUAGUCAAAAUAUCUUUUUGUUCGUGCGCUUGAACGAAAUUGUGCGUAAUAUUUUUGUACGACGUGUGGUUCGAAUAACAUUAUAUUUUAAAUGUCUAAUGUGCAUUAAGAAAUAAGAAAUAUUUUAGCACAUAUAAACUAUCAACGUAGUGUGAUAAAACGCGAUAAGCCGGUUAAAAAAAUUUUUUUGAUGAUAAAUACUGGUGGGGGUGAAUAAACAGGUAUAUGUUGUACGCGUAUGAUUGAAAACGGUGCAUCCCCGAAAACGAAAUUUCCUAACGCGGGUGGAAUAUUGCAAAUACAAAGCCAUCCACAGACUUUCUUAUUGCCACGUCAGCGUCUCGUAAGACGAAAGAAAGAAGUGAGAAGAGAACAACGACGGUCAUAUGCAAUAGCAAUCGAAUUGCAAUCGUAAAUGUAUGGUGGGCCCCUUCUUGGAAGAUUCUAGACUUUUUUUAUUGAAAAAAUACAGAUAUGACUGAAAAUCAGGACGAUGGUAAAAUCCAGGCGCGAGACUACCAACAGCGUCUGGUUGUCCAUCUGACAAGUUAUAAUGGAAUUGUGUACUUGCCAACUGGCGCUGGCAAGACUCACGUGGCCAUCAUGACACUGAAGCGUUUCUCCAAAAACUUUGACAAACCAAUCAAAGAAGGCGGACAACGGGCUUUCUUCAUCUGCAACACCGUCGAGCUCGCUCGGCAACAAGCAAUGAAUGUAAGAAAGUUCACAAAUUUCAAAGUUGGAUUCUAUGUUGGAGAGCAAGGAACUGAUAACUUCUCCCGCGCCAAAUGGUCAGAAGAAAUCGAAAAUAAUCAAGUACUAGUUGGGACUGCCCAGGUAAUGCUUGAUUUGCUUCUGCAAAAUCACAUGAGUAUCAAAUCUGUGAGUAUUACUGUGUUUGACGAGUGUCAUCAUGGAACAGGAAAGCAUCCGUACCACGAAAUUAUGAAAUUGAUGCAAAUAGCUCCACCUGGAACACCUAUACCCCGUAUUGUUGGUCUAACAGGUGUUCUGAUCAAGGGCAACGAAAUCACGCAUGUGGCAAGGAAAUUAAAAGAGCUAGAGACCACUUAUCGUGGUCUAAUUAUUACAGUUUCGGACUCAAAGGAAAUGGAGAAUGUUAUGAUAUACUCAACAAAGCCACGAGAGCUACUGAUCAAACAUAAAUCAGGGCCUAACCCUUUCGAUGUGAUUAAGAAUAUAGAAACUCGGAUAAUGCAAUUUGUGAAAACUAUGGAGCUUAUCGAUAUUGGUUAUCAGCCGGUACGCAUGUCAAAGAGCUUGAAUAUCGAACGAGAACCAAAUAAGAAGAGUUACAUCAAAAGGCUGCUUAACGACUUCCUCUUCCAAGUAAAUAACUAUGGCAUCUAUGCGGGUUCCAUUGCCAUUGUGUCCGUGAUGGUCGAAUUUGAGAUCAAGUGUCGUCAGGCCGAAACUCUUGCCUUGCGCAACUUAUACCGGGCAGCAAUCACGGCAUCAGAAGGCAUUCGGCAUUUACUGGUGACCAAAUUGCGUGACAUGCUCGACGAUGACGAUAUGCCUGACGAUCAACUCAUUUCUGCAGAGAUCAUUUUGAACUUCUCAACGCCCAAGGUGCAAAUGUUUCUGCAUUAUUUGAAAAAUACGUUUGCCAAUAAAAAUCCCAGAGACAUCAGUUGUCUUGUGUUCGUUGAGAGGCGGUAUACCGCUAAAUGCAUUUAUGGUGUGCUGCUUAACUUUAUUGCUGCCACGCCGGAGUUGCGUAACGUGCUGGUGCCACAAUUUAUGGUUGGAUGUCAUGGCAUAUUUCAGGACUUUGAAGCCGUGCUCGAAAGAAAAUGGCAGAAGUCGGCCAUUCAACAGUUCCGCGAUAGGGAAGCCAACAUGAUUGUGUGCUCCAGUGUGUUGGAAGAGGGUAUCGAUGUGCAGUCCUGCAACUAUGUGCUCAUAUUGGAUCCCCUCAAGACAUUCAACAUGUACGUCCAGACCAAGGGACGGGCCCGCUCGGCGGAUGCAUCCUUCGUAAUGUUCUCAGCGGAAAUGGACGCGCAGAAAGUAUCAACUCAAAUUUCUCAAUAUCGUCAAGCUCACAACGAAAUCGCAGAUUAUCUAAAACAACGUGUGUUAGAGAGAGUUGAGCCGCAAUUGGAUGAAAUCAACGAGCAUUUCACAGACGAAAUUGCUCCUUUUAUUAAUGCCAAUGGCGCUAUACUGUUGGCCAGCAGUGCCCUACAGCUGCUGCAUCGCUACUGCCAACAAUUGCCGCAGGAUGCGUUUGGCAUUGUGCUUCCCUGGUUCAAACUGUUGGAGGAAGUGGAUCGCAAGAAGAUAACCACAAACUGGGCAAAAAAGACAAUCGUUUCUGUAACGUUGCCACUUACAUCGUCAUGGCACGAACCGAUCUAUAGCGAUCCAAUGAACAGCUCGAGAUUGGCGAAAAUCUCAGCAGCAUUCAAUGCCUGCAAAAAGCUGUACGAAUUGGGGGAGCUAAAUGAACGUUUUUUGCCCACAACAAUUAACGAGCGAGUUGCGGACGUCGCCAACGUACAUUUCGAGCAUUGGAAGAAGUAUGGGGACGAUGUAACGGUCAAGCGCAAGGAUCAAGUUUUGAGCAACAUACACACAUAUGAGACCAAAUGUCCAACGGAGUUCUAUGAUGCCAUGCCGCGUGUUGGUGAAAAGUGUUUUGCAUACAAGAUCAGCUUGGAUGCGGAUUUCGAGAGGAACGAUUACACUAGCUACAUGUACGACUCCCUAGAGUCGCCUCGUAGCUAUGCAUUGCUUUUGAGAAAGCGCCUGCCAUUGCUGGCAGCGAUGCCACUAUUCUGUCAUCAAGGCAAAUUGCAAGCUCGUGUGGAGGAGAAGCCAUUGGAGAUUGUGAUCGAAAGCCAGGAGCAACUGGAGAAGCUGCAACGAUUCCAUGUCAUGCUCUUCCGCGAUGUGCUGCGCAUUUGGCAAUCAUUCUUUUUGUUCGAUCGUCGUAGCGCAGAGAAUUCAUUUUUGGUGGUCCCCUUUUCGCCGUUACCAGGCGGCGGUGCCUUGGAUUGGCAGCUAAUUAACCAAUUUCAACGAUUGCCCAAACCGCAAGAGUCGACCCUGGCCGAACGGGCCAGCAUGCCAGCACCACGUCCCGAGGACUAUGAGGGCAAAAUUGUGACGCAAUGGUAUAAUAAUUAUGACAAGAAACGGAUGCUGGUGACCAAAGUUCACACAGAACUCACGCCCAUGAGCAUGAUGGAGGAGAACCACCAGGACAAAAGCUACUACACAUUCACUAUGUCCAAGUAUCGCCACUUAAUUAACGACGUCAUUCACAAGCAGCAGUUCCUUCUCGAGGUGCGUGAGCUGACCGACCAGUUGAACUUCUACAUCCAGCAGAGCGUCAAACACUCGGCUCAGAGCAAGGCACGCGCCAAAGUGAUGCUCAUACCCGAAUUGUGCUUCAAUUUUGGCUUCCCAGGCGAUCUCUGGGUGAAGAUUAUGUUUCUGCCGAGCAUUUUGCGUCGCAUCCAUUACAUGCUGCAUGCGGAGACACUUCGCGUUCGCAUUAACAAAUAUCUAGGUAUCGACAAAUUGCCAGUAAAUGGAUUAAAUUAUAGGCCAAAGCCCUUGGAGAUUGAUUGGUCGCUGCGUCGUAAUGUGGAUUAUCAGGGCAAUGCUAUGCACGCCGAUGAUUAUGAGGAGCCGCGUCCGCUGCUGGAACCUCUGCCCACGAAGGGCGUUGAGUUGUCAAUGGAGAAACUGGAGAUCACCGACCUGGAAGUGCCGUGGCAAAAGUACAUGGAACCGCUGGAUAUUGCACGAAACAUCAUGGCCACGUAUCCAGUGGAACUGUCCUAUUAUUACAACUUUACCUCCGGCAACUUGUUGCAAAUAGAGAAAAUGGAGCAAGAAGACAAGGAGCUUUGGGCCAAGACACAGUUUAAAAUGCCCAAAGGUAACAUUUACAACACACCGAGAAGUCCCCAACGCAACUUGGCCGCAAUCCUUCCAGCCGCCGGUACCGCGGAGAAGGUUCAACUGACUGUGUUGCAGCAUAGCAAAUCCAACGAUCAUAUAAUGGCAGCUGAGCAGGGUGAAUUUCUUGCUGCCAUUACCAGUUCAAGUAGCGUUGAUGUGUUUGACAUGGAACGCUUUGAGCUGCUCGGCGACAGCUUCCUUAAAUUUAGUGCCUCACUCUAUCUGGCCAAUAAGUAUCCGGCCUGGAAUGAGGGAAUUCUCACGCAAGUCAAGUCCAAUUUAGUGUCCAAUCGUAACCUGUUGUAUUGCCUCAGCGAAACAGAUAUUCCAUCGCGAAUCUGCAGCACAAUGUUCACUCCCAAGUACACUUGGAUGCCACCGAGCACGAGCUUGCCGCACAAUGUGCUCGCAAUAUGGAAGAAUAAACUUGAUGUCGGCGGUCUGGUGGGACCCCAUAAUCUACGCAACAUCUCACUGAGUGAGGAGGAAGUGUUUGGCAGAGGCCAAUGCAGCACUAACAGCUACAACAAUUUUGUGGAAGGCUGCCAGUCGAAUCAGCACUCGCCCCAUGCCGGUCUCGAUUUUAGUGGUGAGGUCAACUUUUGUAUUGGACGAGUGAGCAUGCCCGAUAAGAUGGUCUCGGACACGCUGGAGGCCUUGUUGGGUGUGAUUGUCAAGAACUAUGGACUGCACAAUGGAUUCCGCAUCUUGGAAUACUUUGGCAUUUGCAAGCCGGAUAUUGGCAAGCCAUUGACCCAGCUACUGGAUCUGCAACUGGGAAGCAAACGUAUGCGAGCGAAUAUAUCGCAACAGGAAAUCGAUGGUUUUCUCAUAAAUCAUGUAAAUUUGGAGCAAAAUCUAGGCUAUACGUUCAAGGAUCGUGCCUAUUUACUGCAGGCACUGACACAUCCCUCGUAUCCGACAAAUCGUUUAACGGGCUGCUACCAGGAGCUGGAGUUUAUCGGAGAUGCUAUACUGGAUUUUCUCAUCUCGGCUUACAUAUUUGAGCAUAAGACACGUAUGACCCCGGGACAGCUGACGGAUCUACGCUCCGCCCUGGUCAAUAAUACAACACUCGCUUGUAUUUGUGUCCGUCAUCGCUUCCAUUUCUUCAUAUUGGCAGAGAAUACAUUGCUUUCGGAGUCGAUACAGAGGUUUGUACAAUUCCAGGAGUCGCAAAAUCAUCGUGUCACCAAUCACGUUCGCAUCCUGAUGGAGGAGCGUGACGUGCAGCCGGAACCCCUCGAUUCCGAUGAUGAAUAUGAAUAUGAGUUGGCUGCAGAAUCAUCAAAUGCUAUAACUGCAACAGAUGCAGAGAUUCCAGUUGGUGACUACAAUAUUUCGCAGAAUGUAGAUGUGCCAAAGGCAUUGGGUGAUGUCUUGGAAGCAUUGAUCGCUGCCGUCUAUCUGGAUUGCCGCAAUCUGGAGACCACUUGGCAAGUCAUCUACAAGUUGUUUGAGCCCGAGCUGAUCGAGUUCUCGCGCAAUGUCCCGAUUAAUCCCAUACGACAACUAAUGGAGCAUAAGCUAGCCAAGCCCAGCUUUAGUGCUCCCGUGGCGGACAAGGGCGGUGUCAUGGUCACCUGUCAGUUCAUCUGCAUGGAGAAGAGCAUUAAGGUCAUUGGCUUUGGCAGCAAUGGUCAGCAGGCCAAACUGUCAGCUGCUAAGCAUGCUCUCCAGAAGCUGGCCAAAUGUGAGGCCUAAUUUACAGAUGUCUCGUAUCAUUUAUUUGGUUUUUAUUUCAUGUUCUAGCCAUAAUUAAACUCCAAAUGUGAAAAACCUUUAUAGGUAAAAUAUUUUAUUAACACUCGAAUCCAUUUUUCGCGUACACUACAUUUAAAACUAAGCAACCGAUUGUUAAUAGUUAUCAAAAAAUCUCAUUUCGAAUUUAAUAUGAUUUUUAACUGUAAUAAUGUUGAAUGGGUUUGAUAAUUGUGGUAUCACUAAUACUGUAAUUAAGUGCAGUAUAUUUCAUACCUCAGCAAUGAAACUUAAACAAAAUGUUACUAUUAUUAAACCAAACCCAUACGAGAAAAUUCCAUUUCAAAAUGAAAAGAUUUUUUUAUCGGACCAUUUUAUAUUUUUAUACCCGCUCCUGUAGCGCGGCAAAUGUAUUUAUUCAAAAUGGGUAGCGGGUAUCUCAUAGUCGAGUAUACUCGACUGUAGCUUUCUCACUUGUUUGCAUGCAGUUAUCAUGCAAAAAUUGUUUCUUCAACAAAAUAAUACAAAAUUUUAACCUUUUUAGUUCCCACCUGUUGCUUAGUAAAUUUAAUCAAAUUUUUAUAUUCACAAUAAA